GCCUCACAGCUGCACCAAUCACAUGCAGACAGUGAAUUGAUAAGAUGAUCAACUGUCCAGCACACAGCUGCUUUCAAAGAGAGGUUCAGCUCUAUCCCUCAAUCACUGAUGCAAAUUAAGACUCCUGCAACAAAGAUCACCUUGACAAAAGGCCAUGUCUUCCUGUGUGUUCAGACUUUCGUUCUUCAAGCUGGGUCGUAACUCAAUUUUCUUUUCUUUUUUUUUAACAAUUUUUUUUCUUGCAGAGAGAAGGGGGAAAAUACAUAAAGCAAAGGUACAGAGGACAGGAUUCGACGAACGGGCUGCUCACUCUAUCCAUUGUACCAAGCCUACUGAGACUGCUGUGUGCUUGAUCAACAUAGAUAUUCCAAGGGUUUAUCCGGUGGCCAAGAGAUUCUCAAAGGUUCCUCCGAUCGUUCAUGGGUACCAAGACCACUCUCCAGGACUUCUCUUUGUGUUCCAGUGUCCAGACCCAGUCUCUGGAGCUUUGCAGUUAAUCUCCUGACAAGUUUUUCUGUGGAUUCUCUGUGCCUUGGAGCUGACUACCGGACAAGUUUCUCCUCAAGUUCUUCUCCUGGGUUUCCAGGGUUCCCCUGUUGGGAAUAUCAGUUCCUCAGUUUACCCAAUCUUCAUUCUGCAACAGUUGUUCCUCUUUUGUUUCUGAUUAGCUCAUCUGAUUAUUCUGUCAGUUCCACCUCUACCUCUGUAUAUAAGUUCAUUCGUUGUCAUUAUUCUUGACUUUACUCUUCUGCUUUCUGCCUGCCUCCUUAGACUUGACCUGCGUUAAUUUAUUAUAAGACAGACAAACCAAUGGAGGAAAUCUAUGCUAAUGGUUCUUUCAGCAACAUUUCCGUUGUAAAUGGCAGAGGUUCUAGCAGCUCUAAGAAGUGGCUCAUUGUGGCUCUUAUCUCUUUGGGGAUCCUGAGUGUUGGCCUCCUUAUUGGACUCAUCAGACUUGGUUUUCACACACAUGCAUUAUCCAGCUUGGCAGCAGGUCUCUCUGAUACGAAAGACAAUCUGACUGAUCGUCUCCAGUCCAGCAAAGACCAGCUUUCUGCUAUGACUAAAGAAAGAGACCAAUUGAAUGCAACACUCUUGCAACGGUCUAAUGAAGUGACCAGGCUUCAGAGUUUGUCAAAGAAAACCUGUCCUGACGGAUGGAGGACGUUCAGCUUUUCUUGUUAUCUCCUCAUUACUGAAUCUGGUCCUUGGAAGAAAGCCAGAGAAGACUGCAGGAAGAGAGGAGGCUAUCUGGUGGUGAUAAACGACGAUGAUGAACAGAAAUUUGUUUUUGCCUUAUCUGACAAGUCACCAUGGAUUGGUUUGAAUGACAAAACAGAGGGAUCCUGGAAGUGGGUUGAUGGCACUGCUCUGAGUUCUGAGCCUAGAAAGAUCUGGGGACAUGGCAAGCCUCAUCAUGCUCAUGGAGGUGAGGAUUGUGCACAGAUCUUGAAAACGCGCAUAACAUGGAAUGAUAAUAAUUGUGGUGAUUCUUUCCCGUGGAUCUGUGAAACAGCUCCAGUGUAAUGAUGGGUAAAUAUUAGCAGUUGCUUUCUAAUUGAGGCUAAGUUUAAGCUUUACGUUUUGUACUGCAGAUACCUGAAAAUGUUUUAACAUUACAUAUUAUAGAUACAGUGGCACCAUUUCUAAAGUGCCAUUUUUAAAAAAACACAAAUUAUCCAUUUGCAAAUUAGAUUUAACUGUAAUUUCUUUCACAUAAAAGCUUCUUAAAUAUGUAUCUGCAGCCUAUUGUUGCUGCCAGUCUGCUGUCUGCUUCAUUGUUGAAAUUAAUCCUGUCAUCUGUGACAUCUAGCAGUUUGUGGACGUCCACAAAAAGGCCUGAUUUUUGUGACUGCAACAAAUGUUCACAUCAAUACUGAAAGUACAGCUACCAUUUAAAUGGUGGCGAUAGAAGAGAAAAUAAAGAAAAACAACUGAACAUGAGCAGAGAAACAACAAUACAAUUGUUUUUAAGGAAUACAGUGUGGAGAGAUUAUAUUGUUAACCCCUUUGGAUUAUUUCUCAGGAACCAUGAGGACAAAAAACUGCAUUGUGUGUUUAGUGAGAAAUUAUGUCAUUUUCUUCUUCUCUUGUAAUUAGACAGCAUACAAACUGCAUCAAUGCCCACAAUAAGACUCAUCUCUGAGUGGAGCGCAGCAGUUCAUCUUAGUGAAUAUGAACACAUUCCUGUCCACACAGUCUGAGUGACAGAAUGAGAUCAUAUGAUCAAUUAUCAUUAACUAAUGUGUGUUCAGUAAACUUACAACCAGCAGGUACUAAAGGCCACUUUUUGUUACUUGACAGAACAAAAGCUCCUAUCUGCUACAUUUACUGAACUGUGGCAUUGGAAAGUGUUGUAUGGAUGACAUUAUCUUGAAAAGUUGGACCUGUAUGUUGUAAUUCCUUGUGGCUUUAAAAGACAAUUAAAUAAUAAACUUGCAGAUUC